AAGCAGUUACAUUGAUUGAUUCGAAAUCCUCAAGUUCAUUCUUUUCAGAUAUAGAUCAGAUAAAGUCUCAUAAAAUUUCAUUAAUUUUAACAGAAUAUAACUUGCCAAUAAUGUCGGGCUUUGAUGCUUCACAAGCAAUUAGAGCAAUGAAACCACCAAUUUCAAGUAUUCCAAUUAUUGUUCUAACAAGUUUACCAGUAGAAGAGAUACGGAAUAAAUGUAUUAAAUCAGGAAUAAAUGAUUAUCUUGCAAAGCCUUUAAAACAUGAUGAACUUGAUAAAGUUUUAACUAAAUGGAUUGGUAAAAAUUGA